AUGGCCAUAAAGAGCAACACACGCCAGAGGCUGCGCGCUCCGAGGCCCUUUCCUCCGAGCGCCGACGGUCGAUUCCACCGCUGGUUCCGCAUCCCGUGGUCGUACAGCCAUGGCACCUCUCGCAACAUACGGUCCGAGCGCGCGAUACCGCGCUUGCAGCUGGACAAGCUACCAGUCCGCGCGUGGAACGACGGCAACACCAAAACCAAGAAAAAGGUUCCUCGACGCAAGCCCAGUCUGCGGCAAAUGCAGGCAGCGACGCGUAUUCAAGCGUGCUUUCGAGGGUAUCACUGCCGCAUGGCGUAUCGCAUCAAACACGACAAGCUGCGGCGACGGGCCGACGCGCGGACCCGGCUGGGAGUGCUCUCGCCGUUCCUCAACGCGCGACCCGAGAGAUUCCCUCGCAUUAGCACGCGCACCGCCGUCCAGGGCAGACAGAACCAAGCAGCGGCAACACACAAACAGGAUUCCGAGACGAGCUUUUUGCGCACGCAGUUGACGGACCGUGAGGAGGAGCUCAUGGAGGAGCUCAAGUCACUCAACCAAGCGCUCGAGGCGCGGCGCAAGGCUCACGCGGCCCCACGUCUUCCGCUGCUCGUCAAGACGACUUCAUUUGGCGCAUAA